AUAGCUUUGUCAUGUGAUGGAAAGCAGUUGUAAGACAGGUGCCCUCAGUUCAUUCUCAGCAAGGGGCAGUUGUCUGUGAGAGCGAGUGGAGCGCGAGUGGAUUUCUUUUUGCCCGAUUUCUUUUUUUGUUUUGCGGACCGUCAUUCAGUGCCUGAAUGGCGUGGGACAGGUGUAACCAGGACUCGGUGUGGAGAGAAUUAGAGUGUGCUGCCUUAGUGGGUGAGGACCAGCCCCUCUGUCCAGACCUGCCAGAGCUGGACCUAUCAGAGCUGGACGUCAGCGACCUGGACGCAGACAGCUUCCUGGGCGGACUCAAGUGGUACAGUGACCAAUCAGAGAUCAUCUCCAGUCAGUAUGGCAACGAGGCUUCGAAUCUCUUUGAG